AUAAUCAUUGAAAAAUGUUGUUGCCAACAUAAGAAUACUAAUGAUUUCGAUUUAAACGAUUUUUUUUCUGAAAGAAUAACUAAAAAACCUUUUAUCCAAAAUAGAAACGUUUCAAAACGAUUUUUAAUCUAUGCAAAAAAUGGCUACUGACAACGGCGGUAUAACCAUAACCUAACAAUUUUUGUUUUGUGUUGUGAUUUCGUGAAAAAUAGUGAAUUAAAACUAUAAUAAGUGAAUAAAUGUUAGUAAAUUGUGUUUAAAAUAAGUAAAUAAUCAUGGCUGACGCGGCUGCUAGACAGUUGCAAUAUGAAUACAAAGCCAACUCAAACUUGGUGUUACAAGCUGACGUACGCCUUAUAGAGCGUCGUGGUCGUGAUGAGGCUACAGGCGAGGUGUUGUCCCUGUCAGGGAAGCUUGGUGGCACUCGUAUGGGAGACAGGGCUCAGCGCACGAAGCCUGACAAGACUGAGGAACGAAAAGUCAAGAGACAGAAAAGAGACGAAGCAUCCUAUGAGUUAUCAAAAUCUAAAACAUCCCGGGUAGCAUGGGCUGAUGACACUCCUGGAGUCCUGUACAGACCAAGAGCACAACACACAAGGCAUGCCUACGAAAUGCUCCUAACGUUCAUGCAGAGUGCUCUCGGAGACCAGCCGAGGGAUAUUCUAUGCGGAGCAUGUGAUGAGGUACUGGUUGUGCUCAAGAAUGAUAAGUUGAAGGAUCCGGAGAAAAAGAAGGAGAUUGAAAUGCUGCUCGGACCUGUCGCCGAUGAGAGAUUUGCUUUGCUUGUUAAUUUGGGCAAGAAAAUAACAGACUUCAACAUCAGUUCCUCAGCGGAGGGCAACAGUGAGAUAGAUGAGACUUACGGCAUCAACGUGCAAUUCGAGGAGUCCUCCGAGGAAGAUGAUGAGGAUGCUUACGGAGAGGUUCGUGAGGAGGACAAAGAGGAUGGUGAGGGUUCAGAGAAUGAGAAGGAGAAGGACAGCAGUGCUGACGAGGACAGCGAUGCAGAGGGCAAGAGGAACGCUAUACAUGCUAACCUAACCGAAGAGCAAUCACAAAAGAGAAGGGACGCGACACUCCACCCAAUGGAUAUAGAUGCCUACUGGCUCCAGCGUCGCCUAUCCCGUCACUUCCCAGACGCGAUGGUAUCCCAGGCGAAGUCGUCCGAAGUCCUCACGGCUUUGGGAGAGGCGGCCGAUGAUAGGGACCUGGAGAAUAGGCUCGUUUUGCUAUUGGGAUAUGACUGUUUUGAAUUCGUGAAGCUUUUAAAUAAGUAUCGGUAUACAGUUCUAUACUGCACGAAGCUAGCGUCGUCUCAGUCGGAGAGCGAGCGCGCCGCCAUCAGGGAGGAGAUGUCCAAACAACCACAUCUACAGAAGAUACUAGCCCAGCUGGAGACUGGGAAGGGGGAUGACGAGACAUCACAGCAAUCAUCCGAAGCGCCCAGAAAGCGUCAUAAAUCAGACCCUGAGUCGACCUCCUCCACGGGUCAGGUGACGGGGAACCGGAAAGUGUUACAGCUGGAAGAGCUGAUGUUUGCAGCUGGAGCUCACUUCAUGGCCAACAAACGGUGCCAGUUGCCACCUGGAUCCUUCAGGAAGCAGAGGAAAGGUUACGAAGAAGUCCACGUCCCAGCGUUGAAGCCCAAGCCAUUUGAUGAAGGAGAAACCCUCAUACCGAUAGAGAAGCUCCCAAAAUAUGCACAGCCAGCCUUCGAGGGGUUCAAGACCUUGAACAGGAUACAGAGUCGAAUCUGCAAAUCAGCUCUGGAAACGGAUGAAAAUCUCCUAGUCUGUGCCCCGACAGGUGCGGGCAAGACCAAUGUAGCUUUACUUUGUCUGCUCAGAGAAUUGGGCAAACAUGUCAACGAUGAUGGAUCAGUCAACGUUCACGACUUCAAGAUGAUCUAUGUGGCUCCUAUGCGAUCACUUGUGCAGGAAAUGGUCGGUAACUUCAGCAAGCGCCUGUCAGCGUACAAUCUCCGUGUUUCGGAGCUGACCGGGGAUCACCAGCUCACUCGGGAGCAGAUUGACGCCACACAGCUCAUUGUUUGCACGCCUGAGAAGUGGGAUAUUAUUACUAGAAAAGGUGGCGAGCGUUCUUUCACAAACUUGGUGCGCCUGAUCAUCAUCGACGAGGUCCACCUUCUCCACGACGAGCGAGGCCCCGUACUGGAGGCACUCGUCGCCAGGACGCUGAGGACCGUCGAGCAGACUCAGGAGGAGGUUCGUCUAGUUGGUCUAUCAGCGACGCUGCCGAACUACACCGACGUGGCCGCCUUCCUACGCGUCAAGCCGGACCAGGGACUCUUCUAUUUUGACAACUCAUUCAGGCCCGUAGCCCUAGAACAGCAAUACAUAGGUGUGACUGAAAAGAAGGCGCUGAAGCGAUUCCAGGUCAUGAACGAUAUAGUGUACGAGAAGACCAUGGAACAUGCUGGCAGGAAUCAGAUCCUAGUGUUUGUCCACUCCCGUAAGGAGACAGGGAAGACUGCGCGCGCUAUCAGAGACAUGUGUCUGGAGAAGGAUACGCUGGGACAGUUCCUGAGGGAAGGCUCGGCAAGUAUGGAAGUGCUCCGUACAGAGGCGGAGCAGGUAAAGAACCCGGAACUACGCGAGCUGCUGCCGUACGGGUUUGCUAUACAUCACGCCGGGAUGACCAGGGUCGACAGGACACUCGUCGAAGAUCUGUUCGCCGAUAGACAUAUACAGGUGCUGGUGUCGACGGCGACGCUGGCGUGGGGCGUGAACCUGCCGGCGCACACCGUCAUCGUGAAGGGCACGCAGGUCUACUCCCCCGAGCGGGGCCGCUGGGCGGAGCUGGGCGCCCUCGACGUACUGCAGAUGCUGGGCAGGGCCGGCAGGCCUCAGUACGACACCAAGGGAGAGGGUAUCCUGAUCACGAACCACUCGGAGCUGCAGUACUACCUGUCCCUGCUGAACCAGCAGCUGCCGAUAGAGUCGCAGCUGGUCAGCAAGCUGCCCGACAUGUUGAACGCGGAGGUCGUGCUGGGCUCCGUGCAGAGCGUGCGGGACGCCGUCACUUGGCUCGGCUACACAUACCUCUACAUCAGAAUGCUGCGUCAGCCGGCGUUGUACGGCAUCUCGCAGGAGAAGUUCCAGGAGGACUCUCUGCUCGAACUACACAGAGCUGACCUCAUACACACUGCGGCUAGCUUGUUGGAUAAAGCGGGCCUGAUUCGUUACGAGCGCAAAUCCGGUCACUUCCAACCGACGGAGUUGGGUCGCAUAGCGUCCCAUUUCUACUGCACUUAUGAAACGAUGCAAUGUUAUUCACAGCUUUUGAAGCCCACGCUUGGUGAAAUCGAACUGUUCAGAGUAUUUUCUUUGUCGGCUGAGUUUAAACAUAUAGCCGUGAGAGAGGAAGAAAAACUUGAGCUUUGCAAGCUCAUGGAGAGGGUACCAAUCCCAAUAAAAGAGAGUAUAGAGGAGCCUUCAGCUAAGAUCAACGUCUUGCUCCAAGCGUAUAUAUCGCAGCUGAAGUUGGAAGGUUUUGCUCUCAUGGCGGACAUGGUGUACGUCACCCAGUCCGCUUGUCGACUGUUGAGGGCUAUAUUCGAAAUUGUGCUGCAUCGAGGCUGGGCCCAGCUGGUGGACAAGACGCUAGCUCUCUGCAAGAUGGUGGACAGACGAAUGUGGCAGUCCAUGUCCCCGCUACGACAGUUCAGGAAGAUGCCGGAAGAAGUAAUAAAAAAAUUAGAAAAGAAAAAUUUCCCGUGGGAGAAGCUGUACGAACUGGGUCCCAAUGAAAUAGGCGAGCUCGUUCGAGCGCCAAAGUUAGGCAAAAUGAUCCAUAAAUACGUACAUCAGUUCCCUAAAUUGGAGCUGGCGACGCAUAUACAGCCCAUCACCAGGUCCACGUUGAGGGUCGAACUCACCAUCACGCCCGACUUCCACUGGGACGAAAAGAUUCACGGCCAAUCAGAAGCCUUCUGGAUCCUCGUAGAAGAUGUGGACUCAGAAGUAGUACUCCACCACGAGUACUUCCUACUCAAGGAGAAAUACUGCAAAGACGAGCACCAUGUCAAGUUGUUCGUGCCGGUAUUCGAACCCCUUCCCCCACAGUACUUCUUGAGGGUCGUCUCCGAUAGAUGGAUAGCAGCAGAGACCCAGCUUCCAGUGUCAUUCCGUCACCUCAUCCUCCCUGAGAAGAAUCUCCCUCCGACCGAGUUGCUGGACUUGCAGCCGCUCCCAAUAUCGGCACUAAGGAACCCCAAGUUCGAGGAGUUGUAUAAUGAAACAUUCCCGCAGUUCAAUCCGGUGCAAACUCAAGUAUUCAACGCAGUCUACAAUUCAGACGAGAACGUGUUCGUCGGCGCCCCAGCCGGCGCUGGCAAGUCAGUAGUGGCCGAGUUGGCACUACUUCGUCUACUGGCCACUAACCCGUCGGGAAGAGCCGUGUAUCUCUUACCCAAGGACGCACUUGCUGACAUCGUGUUCGCUGAUUGUUAUCAUAAAUUUGGAACUAGGUUUAAUGUUAAAGUAAGGAAAUUUGUAAUUGUACUACCUAGUCUACGGCUUGUUGCGGAGAACCUAACGGGUUACCGGGGCUCCGGCUCGACGUGCAGGAGUAGGAACGGGGUGGUUUUUACUCAAUGGAAGGUCCGUAAGAGCGUCCAGAGCGUGUCCCUGUUCAUAGUGGACGCGCUCCAACUGCUGGGCGGGGAGGAGGGCCCGGUACUAGAGGUCGUCUGCUCCAGGAUGCGGUAUAUAUCCUCGCAGAUUGGUCGUCAAAUCCGUAUGGUAGCGCUGUCGCUCCCCCUGGCGGACGCGCGCGACGUGGCGCAGUGGUUGGGCUGCUCCGCCAACACUACCUUCAACUUCCAUCCCAGCGUCAGACCACUGCCUCUACAGCUGCAUAUUCAGGGCUUCAACAUCUCGCACGCGGGCUCGCGCCUGGCCGCCAUGACGAAGCCCAUCUACCACGCGGUGGUCCGGCACGCGGGGCGGCGGCCGGCGGCCGUGUUCGUGCCGUCGCGGCGCGCGGCGCGCCUGCUGGCCGCCGACCUGCUGGCGCUGGCCGCCGCGCACGCCGCGCCCGCCGCCUUCCUGCGCGCGCGCCCCGACAUGCUGCAGCCCUUCCUCAAGAGGGUCAACGACAAGAUGCUCCGCGAGACCCUGGCCGCCGGCGUGGCCUACCUGCACGAGGGCGUGGAGCCGGCCGACCGGCGCCUGGUGCAGCAGCUGCUGGAGUCGGGCGCGGUGUCGCUGUGCGUGGUGGCCGCCGAGCUGGCCUGGGGGCUGGCCGCGCACGUCCACACCGUCAUCAUCGCCGACACCCACGUCUACAACGGCAAGCUGCACGCGUACGAGCAGUACCCGGUGACGACGGUGCUGCAGAUGAUCGGCCGCGCCUGCAGGCCGCUGGACGACGAGCACGCCGUCGUCGUGCUCAUGUGUGUCGCGCACCACAAGACAUUCUUCACCAAGCUGCUCAACGACUGCCUGCCGCUCGAGGUCCCUGAGAAAUCGUCUUAA